AUGAACUCCUCGGCCUUUUCGUCGUUUCGGAAUGCGUUACGCGGUACUUUAUCUUCCUUUCGCAGAUCAUCGUCAAGAUACAACUAUCCAUACGCGGCUAGAGUAGGAAUCGCCGCGACAAUUGUAGCAGUUUCGGGUGUCGGAAUCGCCACUCUUUUGAGUAAGGAUGCUGAUAGCGGGCCCUUUCAAGUAUAUGCAGAUUCAAAGGUCCAAUCAAUACAGAGACCCAGCUUGACCAAGUGGAUCCCACCAACAAGAGAAAGUCUUUUAUCUGAUUUGAAAAAGACCGAGGUCUAUGAUCUGCUUGUGAUCGGAGGCGGUGCUACGGGUGUUGGCUGUGCUUUGGAAGCAGCGUCCAGAGGGCUUAAAGUUGCUCUUGUGGAGCGCGAAGAUUUUGCCUCAGGGACCUCCUCAAAGUCAACAAAGUUCGUACAUGGUGGUGUGAGAUAUUUGGAAAAGGCCGUUAUGGGGCUCGAUUGGGAGCAAUACAAACUGGUUCGCGAGGCUCUCAGUGAAAGAUCAACCUUUUUGAAGAUAGCACCUCAUCUUUCCCAUUCAAUGCCAAUCUUGCUGCCCAUCUACAAGUGGUACCUUGUGCCAUACUUCUGGGCAGGAUCAAAAGCCUAUGAUCUGAUUGCGGGCACGCAGGGUGUCUCCACCUCCUACUUUAUGUCGCGCACAAAGGCAAUUGAGGCCUUUCCCCUGAUCAAGCAAGAAGGCCUUGCUGGUGCCAUGGUCUAUUAUGAUGGCAUGCACAAUGAUUCCAGAACCAAUGUCUCCAUUGCUCUCACCGCAAUCGCAAUGGGAGCAACUGCUGUCAAUCAUGUUGAGGUGACUUCUCUUACCAAAAACCCGGAAUCAGGAAAGAUUUCAGGCGCCAUUGUUCGUGAUUCUAUCUCUGGAGAGUCUUUUCCUAUCAAAGCAAAGGGAGUUAUUAAUGCCACAGGGCCUUAUUGUGAUAGUAUCCGUAUGAUGGAUGAGCCAAAUAUCAAGGCCAUGGUUUCUCCAUCUUCCGGAGUUCACAUCGUUCUUCCCAGCCAUUACUCACCCUCCAAAAUGGGUCUUUUAGACCCGGCUACCUCCGAUGGUCGUGUAGUUUUUGUUCUUCCGUGGCAAGGAAGCGUGGUUGCAGGAACCACCGAUGAACCAUCUAAUCUCUCUUAUGAUCCAAUUCCGGCAGAAAAAGACAUCCAAUUUAUUCUCAACGAGGUCUCUCAUUUUUUGAAUCCCAGCGUCAAGAUCCCGCGCGAGGAUGUCUUGGCAGCCUGGUGCGGCAUUCGUCCUUUGAUCAAAGAUCCAAACUCAACCACAACGCAGAGCCUUGUUCGCUCUCAUCUCGUCUCCGAAUCUCUCUCCGGUCUUAUGACGAUAUCAGGCGGAAAAUGGACUACCUUCAGAAAUAUGGCGGAAGAGACCAUCAUUGAGGCCAUCAAGUCGUUUAACACAUUUAGUCGCGCUACCACGGCCCUUGAUCUUAUCCACAAAUACAAACUAGACGGCGAAACAGCAGACCAUCUCGUCCAGAAUUAUGGAGAUCGUGCUUACAUGAUUGUUGAACUCGAUGCCAAGGGCACAUCCGACGCUGCCAAAGGAAAACGCCUUCCAGAUUAUAGCCGAAUUGUCCCCGAUUAUCCGUUCUUGGAGGCAGAAAUAAGAUAUGCCGCACGUCAUGAGUACGCCCAGACUGCAGUCGACAUUUUGGCCCGUCGCACUCGUCUCGCCUUUUUGAACUCAAAAGCAGCGCUUGAAUCUCUCCCAAAGAUUGUCUCAAUUAUGGCAGCCGAGGCUGGGUGGUCCACAGACCGCCAAGCCAAGGAAACCGCAAACGCCAUCAAGUUCCUGAAGUCCAUGGGACUCCAAGACCAAUAA